UGCAGGAAGAUUAGGACUCGUGCACGAGAUUGGGGGGGAAAUCAGAGCACGUGCACGCAACCUGAGGAAGAGCGGCGCGCGUGCACGCGGUCGGCAGGGGGAAAGCGGAGCUCGCGCGCGCAAACCGCAGGAAGACCGGGCGCGUGCACGAGUUUGGAGGGGGCGAGCGCGCGCACACUCACCGGUGGAGGGACCAGAGAGACAGGCUCAAAUAACUGAAAGCAUGGCAGAUAUGACAGAUGUGGCAGACACUACUCAGGAGGAUGUUCCACCUUAUCUUAGAGAAGAACCUCCAGAAGAACCUAAAAAGGAGCUUGCCGUUCAAGAGCCAGGAAUGAUCUGGAGAAUGACCGGAGGUCUUUACAGCAUGACAAAAGGAGCGGUGGGUGCCACACUCGGAGGUGUCGCUUGGGUUGGAAGCAAAAGUCUAGAGCUGACCAAAACAGCUGUGACCACAGUGCCAGCAGCUGGUGUCGGCUUGGUGAAGGGAAGUGUGUCAGCAGUGUCUGUUGGUGUCGGUGCUGUAGGCUCAGCUGUGGCCAGCAAAGUUCCCUUUACAUCCAAAAAAAAGGACAAAUCUGACUAAGUGAAGCAGUUUGUAGGGUAUGUUUUCCUUAUUUUAAAAAAAAUUCAUCAUGAUUUAAGUAUACCUGGACAUGUUUGGAUACACUGCCAUGGUAUAUGUUUUGUUUUAAUGGGCAACCAGUGAGAUACGCGCUUUUACAAAACUUUGCAGCCUCCACACUUCUCUCCCACCCCAGUCUCUCCUAUGCUCAUGCCAUAUCUCUUCAAUGACAAUGUCAAUGUGUGCUGUCAAUGACAAACAGAGCAGUUGAUCCCUUUCUACACUGUCCACUAACAAGGUAUAACAUUAUGCUUCUGGGCUUCUGCUGGCGUAAGCAUUGGCAGCAUAAGGAUGGUCAAAGCACUAGAUCUAUAAAGGACAUGUGACACCCACAGCUAAGAUGUACAGGAAUGUUUUAUUUGAGUGGUUGGAGGGGCAAAAGAACACAUUAUCAACAUCAAAAAGAACUCCUCCCCACAUGUAUAUAUUUAUUGGUUAAUGUAGUAUUUUGUAUGCUUGUUUUGUUCCUGUUAAUUAUAAAGGGGCUAAUUUUCUGUUUCAGGUUUUGCUUUUUAAAUAUUUGGAGUAGAACACCAUGGAGUAUGUAUUGCUUCAAACAUGUUGGUGGCAGAAAACUUUGUUGUGUUGGGAACAGUAAGCAUGCAGUCUUAAAUUAUUUUUUAAAAAUGCAGCAAGUCUUUUUUCUUUGCUUGAUUGUGCUCCUCUUUCACAUGGCUCGCCAGGUCAGAAUCAGAAGCGAUGUACCACUGCAACAUUGCAGUGCUUUCGCUUAGAUUACUCUUUACCAUGAGUAGCCUGACUUCUCACUUUUGAUUAUUGUUACCUGCUAUAAGUGGCAUUGGUAGCAGGCAGUCGUUACCACUGAACGUUGCUGUUUGCACUGUUUCUUCUCUGUUUUGCUCCAUGUUUAUCUUUCCAUCAUCUUUCUGUGCACCUGAUAUUUCUGUAACAAGUUUAUGUAUUAAGACUGAAACAGACAAUUGAUUUCUGUUGACCAAAAUGCAAAACAUUUAGUUUUUGUCUAUAAUAGAACUAUUUUUGCAAAUAUGACACCUUAAAGCUAUGAAUUAGACUGUAAGUCUGUAUUUUAAUGGAAAUAAAGUUUAAAAAUCUCAAAACAACAUGAUUGAAAAUGUUCAGCUUUACAUAAUUGUAAUAUUUUCUGAAAUAUUAGGGCAGGCACAGUAGUGUAGCGGUUAGCGUAACACUUUACAGCGCCAGCGACCCGGGUUCAAAUCCAGCCACUGUCUGUAAGGAGUUUGUACGUUCUCUCCCAUGUCUGCGUGGGUUUCCUCCCACAUUCCAAGACGUACACGUUAGGAAGUUGUGGGCAUGCUAUGUUGGCGCUGGAAGCGUGGCGACACUUGCAGGCUGCCCCCAGAUCACUAAGCAAAAAGAUGCAUUUCACUGUGUGUUUCAAUGUACA